GGGCGUAGGCUAUUGAAAAGCUCGGGUAAAAUGACUUAAUUUGUAUUCAAACAUCUGCAUCCGCUUACCAACCUUAUCUGAAAGCAACACGGCAGAAUGAAAAUAGAAAUAGCAAAUUAACUAUGUGAAGUGUUUAUGCUCUGGUAUGUCUAAAAGCUGGUCUUUAGUGAUCAAAAGCCACUGAUCGAAAAAAACAUAAUUGAAUUUAUUUAGUGUCCUUUUAAUUCAGACAAUGUGAACCCUAGCUUGUAAAGAACAUGCUACUCUCAAUUAUAUUUCCAAGCCAUAAAUAAUAUAAAGUCAUGCCUGAUGUAUUUAUAUGUGAUAUAGGCCUAAGUGGUCAUUCGUUCUUAUACAGAAAUUGUCGAUGUGUUUUAACAACAGUUGACGGUCAGUCUAUAGACCAUAUAGUAGCCUACUCAACUGCCAAACAACUAAAAGUCAGCUGCUGAUGAUUUCAAAGUUUGGGCUUCAAAUAUAGGCUGAACGUUUCCAUUUUCAGUCAAUGUGAAAAGUUAAGAAAUAAAAACAAUACUAGAAGGUAGCUAGCCUAAUUAAAAGUUGAAACUUACUUUCACUGCAGAGUCUGACUUAAUCUCAGCACUAUGGAAAUCAUUGGAAAAUCCCAAAAGGUUCUGGCAAUUUUCUGCGUUUUCCCUUACGUUUACGGCCAUUUUCUUUUACCCUAUAACACAACACAAAAUUCACGUAAUGUGUAGAACGUGGAAAAAUAAUACGUAAAUAUAAUAAACACAGUAGCAAACACUGGCCCUAGAGGCUAUAGAAGUUUUUAAUUAAUUGAGAAACAGGGAGUAGGCUAAGCCUAUUCUAACUUUUCACCUUUCACCAUUUUUAGAACAUCUAUGCAAAUAUGACACGUUUAAUUAGGCUCAGAUUGGACCUUUUAUAUAAUGUGCAGCAUAAACACUCGCUCUUUAUGUCGGGUUAAAUAAACAGCAAGAAACCUCAAUAAAGAACCACACUCUGCGUUGAAACACUAUCAAUAGACUACUAUAAAGUUUAUUCGCAUGGACUCAGUUUAUCGGUCAACUGCCGCCUCUUCCUCCGGACUUUCGGCCAAACAGAUCUGCCCGAUAUACAUGGGCGGCGACCAACCAGUCCUAUUUAAACAUCUGUCCAGCUGCGAAGCCACAAGACACGAUGGUUCAGUGGACAGCCGAGGAACGCGCUGCGAUACAGGGUGUAUUCGCGACACUCGACUACGAGUCGGUGGGCCGCGAGAGCUUGACGAGAUGCUUGGUGGUCUACCCUUGGACUCAGCGGUACUUUGGUGGGUUUGGAAACCUGUAUAACGCUGAGGCAAUCAUGGCUAAUCCAAAAGUCGCGGCGCAUGGGACUGUGGUGCUUCAAGGACUGGAGAAAGCUCUCAAAAACAUGGAUGAUAUCAAGAACACCUACACCACCCUUAGCGAGCUUCAUUCAGAGGAACUGCAGGUCGACCCAGGAAAUUUCCAGCUCUUAGCUGACUGCCUGACCAUGGUGAUCGCUAAACGCAUGAGGACUGAGUUCACCCCAGACAUCCAAGCUGCUUGGCAGAAGUUUUUGUCUGUUGUUAUAUCAGCCCUAAGAAGGCAGUAUCAUUAGAUUCGUCGACUGGACGAGGAUAUUCUUGUACUGAGAUUAUGUAAUGCAUCAUGAAAAAUAAAUGAUUGAGAUGAUUUCGUUGUCCAUUGAGUUGUCACGUUUCAAAUCAAAACGGUUUACGCAUUAAAU